CGCGAGUGCAGUGGCUGUACACCAUUCUAUUUUUUUUAAAUAAAUAUUUUUUGUGAGUGCAACAUGUUACGUCAGUGUGUCACGUUGGCAGUAUUGGGGUGUGUUUUCGCGGUUCCCGCGCCCCAACACCAAUACCAACCUCAGCAUCAACAACAGGCUGGAGGAUAUGAUCCACACCUUCUAAGACAGUACCUCGCUGACCAACACGCCGCGGCGCCGGCGCCUGCUCCUACACAAAUCAUCCCUAGGCCACAACACGUACAACAAGCUGUGCCCAGACCCGCUCCUCAGCAUCUAUACACGGUCCAAAGCGAGGCCCAAUACCAGCCACAGCCCCAAUACCAACCACAGCCACAACAGCAGUACAGGCAGCAGCAGCACCAACCCCAGUACCAGCCCCAAAGACAGCAAGAACAGCGCGAACCGGAGGAAUAUGAUCCUCAUCCCUCCUACCAGUUCGGUUUCGACGUGAACGAUGACCAGUACACCAACUACCAGAACCGUAAGGAACAGAGAGACGGUGACGUCAUCAAGGGCUCUUACUCUGUGGUCGACAGCGAUGGUUUCGUCAGGACUGUGACCUACACUGCUGAUCCUAAAGAGGGUUUCAAGGCUGAGGUAUCAAGGCAGCCCACAGACAUCGUAGUAAAGAUCCCCACUCCCAAGCCCCAGCUUCUUCAACCUCAAGUACAGCACGCUCCUCACGCCCAGCCCAGGCCACAGCAACCACAACACGCUGCCCCACAACAAUACUACCGUUACGAACAAUAAGCUAUUAAACCUUUGU